CAGAUAUAGUGAAUGCAGGGUCCGGGGAGACCAGAUAUAGUGAAUGCAGGGUCCGGGGAGACCAGAUAUAGUGAAUGCAGGGUCCUGGGAGACCAGAUAUAGUGAAUGCAGGGCCCGGGGAGACCAGAUAUAGUGAAUGCAGGGUCCUGGGAGACCAGAUAUAGUGAAUGUAGGGUCCGGGGAGACCAGAUAUAGUGAAUGCAGGGGUCCGGGGAGACCAGAUAUAGUGAAUGCAGGGUCCGGGGAGACCAGAUAUAGUGAAUGCAGGGUCCUGGGAGACCAGAUAUAGUGAAUGCAGGGUCCUGGGAGACCAGAUAUAGUGAAUGCAGGGCCCGGGGAGA